AUGUGGGCAGCGAUUUUCAUGUUAGUUUUACUUGUUGCUAAUACGUCAGCACAGUAUAAUUCGGACGAUGUUUAUGCAUUAAACACCCAAGGUAACAUCUUUCCAUGGAUUUCCCGAUUCUAUCCUGAAGAGAAGAGAUCAUCCAGUGCGAAAAUGAAAUCAUUGAAAGAGCGAUUCCGUGGCACCGGUGUAAAGGAAACCUUCUUUGGCUAA